GGACAAGUUUUAGUCAGUCAAGUUUUGAGUCCAGAAACUUAUUCAAGAAACAAAUCAACAAUGUCCCGCACUUUGUUCGUCCUGUUCGUCGUUUUGGCGUUGUUCUCUAUCAGUUCGUACGCUCAGCAAUGUGGAGUGAACGAGGAGUUCAAGAGCUGUGGAUCAGCCUGCGAACCCAGUUGUGCUAAACCAAAAGUCGACAUUUGCACCAUGCAAUGUAAGAUUGGUUGCCAAUGUAAAGAUGGAUUCGUGAGAAGCGGUGAUGGGCAAUGUGUUCUAGAAAAAGACUGUUCAAACUAAAGCCUUCGUUAACUGCUUCUCUAUUACGUACUUCCUGAUUUUUCUUAUUUAUCAAUGAUGUCGAUCUUCUAACCUUUCGGAGCUGAUUCAGCGCAAGAAAUGUACCGAUAAUAAAAAUAAACUGGUGUUGUGAAAUCUUA